CUGCCACUGUGACAACUACAUCAGCAGGUCUGCAAUAGCAGAGAAAAGGCUGCACCAUUAGCUUUGGGAUAAAUCCCUGUUCUAGUGCUUCGAAUUUUGCGCUUUCAUCAUUUAAUCCCCGAGAAGCGCCCAGUUCUGGACCAUAAUCGCAGAAAGCCAGCUUUCUCGUAGCUUCAUAGGAUCGUUUGGCGUGGCUCAGUCGUGCGCCGCGGCGCCUAUCAGAAUUGGCAGCCAUCCAUCAUGUCGGAAGUCAAGACGCUUGAGACAGUCAUCAUCGCGCGCAGCGAUGGUGUCGAUACUGGCCCAGGAUACUGGCCAAUUGCAACCACACCGGCCGCCAAGAAGCCAACCACCACGACGAAGGAGGUGCCCGAAAAGGCACCACGUGCAAAACCGCAAAUGAUCCGUCUCAACGAUGACGAUCCGCGGUUUAUUGAAUGGAAGGUGAAGCUUGGAAUGCUACUAAAGCAAGAACUCGCACCAGAGCCAGAUGAAGGAAAUGCCUGGUUUGUCCAAUUCCCAAGAGGUUAUUGGCUAUAUGAAAAGUCCAAACAUCUUUGGGUAUCGGGAUACCCUGUCAAAUCAAAGUUGUUCAAGAGCCCACAGGAGUUUGCUCUCCAUUUGCUCUGGCUGCUGUCUUCGUCGAAAGACUACAAGGACUGCUCGUGCGUUCACUGCAACGCACACAACGUGACUAAGAUUACCCUUGAUGAUACCCCGACCAUGGCCAUUGCUGAAUUGGCUCCAAAGUCACAACAAGUCAAAGAAACUCCUGUGCCUCUGCCUGCGAUGCCUGGCCAACCAGUACAAAAACCGCAACCUCCUCCACAGCCUCAACCGAGGGCUGUCACACCGGCGACGGCGCAAAGUACACCGCCAGCUGCGGCAUGGAAUUUACGCUCAUCACUUCUUUUUCGACCCGGCGAGCUGGUGUGGUAUCAAACCGGCCAUACCUGGCGUAUUGGCAUCAUCGCAUCUUGUACACAGUCGGGCAACGAGAUUAUGCCUCUGGGCUUCGCAAUGGUUCCUCAGCCCAAUGUUGUCAAGCAAAUGGGAGAAAUCCGCCCAUUUCUUACUUUCAUGGUACCGGAUCUUUCGUUCCAAGAGCUCAAGGGCAAAAAGUUUGAUGAUGUUCGGUGGGACAGUCUGCUGCAAGCUUGCAGCGUAGAUCCAGCUCGCCGGGAAGCAGCUGUGCUUGACGCCUCUAAACUGGCGGCGUCUCGCAUUGCCAGCACAUAUUCAUUAUGGUCUCUAUUGUCUGGGGACCCAACCUCAAAAAGCACCACCUACUACGGUUGUUUCUUGGGCGCUGAGCGCGUGGAAGUAGGAGAUUGCCUGCGCGUUAAACAGCUACCACCAGAAUAUAACAUUGCGGGUGAUGGUCUGGCUCUCGGUGUCCGAUACAUUUUCACCAUGCAAGACUAUCCGGGCGCUGUCUUCUUCCGAGGCCCUCUCUAUCGCCCCGCGGAUCCCACGAUAGCUUCCACGUCGCUUGUCCCGGAUGAGGCAUUGCCCAUCGCUCUGCGUGAUGAGUCAAACUGGCGCAAUCACGUCAACUCAUCGCCGCGACGAGGUUGGGUUCUAGUCCAAGAGAACAUGGUCCUAAAAGAAAUCUUACUUGCUGGUCGGUUUUAUCCCGCCCACAGGAUCCUGCCCAUUCUGGAUCCUGCGUCCUUGCAGCGGGCUAUGCAAUUGGGCAACGUUGACGGUGUGCAUGUUUUCUUGAACAGCCGACUAGAGCAGCCACAGGAGUACGUUGGGCGCCAGCGCAACCGAAAGCAGUCUAUGGGACUGGCUGUGGUUCAGGGCAAAUCAUUGUCAUUGGAACCCCAUAUCCGAGAGGAGCCGGAUAAUUGAUAGAGUAUUUUGCAAGCGUUGUACAAUUAAUAAAAAUGUAUUAAGUAGGGGGUCAUGCUCAAGUUCAUCAUCAGCAUCAUGUGUUUUAUAUAUAUACAGGUAGCGUUUUUAAGAACGCUGCAUCAAGCACCGACGGCGUUGAUCUUGCCCCGGAUAGCUUCGAGAAGGCUAGGGUCAGCCCUGGGAAGAACUGCGCGUGGCCUGGCACGCUGAGAUAUUGCCGACAUUAAGCAACCACAGAAUUCACAGGGAGUGCCAUGUUGCGCCCCUAUGGGGUACAGUUCUCGGCAUUGGAUGCACUCGUAGACAGGAAAGCUGCUAGGACCAAACUCAUCGCCUGGAUAGCCAAAUGGGUACUUUUCCCUUCUCGAACUGGUACGAGUUAGAAUAACACUGUAGAAGUCGUGAUGUAGCACGGUGAACAAGGACUUACGGAUCUCGGGGACAAUCACUACAUCGUACAUGCCCGCAGCUUUCACAUGUCUUGUUUCCUGGCAUAAAGGUGUAAUCGCACAGAUGGCACAUUCGCCGUACUCUUUGCCUUGGAGGCUUAUGCACCAGCUCUUGUCCACCCGGUAGGCCGGGGCGGUUAAGCAGCACACCCAUAUCAUUCCAGUCGAUUUCGGCCAUUAUAGGAGCCUGAGAAUUACCCAUGUCAUCACGGCUUUCCAAGUCAGCUCUUGGCUCCUUGUCAUGCCGAACUGGAGGGUUUCUGGGGCACAUGGGGCACCGAGAGUGCUGGCAUUCUGUGCACCGCUUAUCCCGGUCCAUGGGUAUUUUGCACCGAUGGCAGUCCCAGCGAACGCGCAUGCGUACGGGCUUGUCUGUGCGGAGGACCUUUUCUUCGCGGCUGACGACGUGCCAGUCCCAUGUUCCCGACUCUAUGCCAUGUCUAGCGUCGAGAGUCUGUAGUCUCUCUUCCAGAAGCUGGUCCACUGACACUUGAUAGGACGGCUCCACUGAUUGGAGAACUUGAUCUUCAUGAAUGAAAUCCGAUGUAUUCGAAGUAUAUGUAUCAUCAGAAGACGGUAAUAGACAGGGCACUUGUUCUGACAGUUGUUCAGUCUGAUCAUCUGGGUGCGGUGACCCAGUCCUUGACGAGGCACACAUGUGUGGAGAGUCGACUGUUGACGAAUAAUUGGCGUGAAGCCUAGUCAAACGAUUGUAAUACUUGCUCAAUAUUCGGCCAUAAAUUAUAUCUUAACGAAAAGCGUGUGCUGCAAGGUUGGCGUGCCACCGUGAACUCUCCUAGAAAGAGGUUUUGAAGAAUGUUGACGGGGUAUUUGAAUGACCGUCUUGGUGGCGUGUCGUUGUAGACUUGGUCCCGUUCGAGAAAGAAAGAAGAGCAACUCGGUUCAAAUAGAGAAACUGUGCGUGUGAUGAAAUCAAAUCUAGAAAAAUGGGAGAGAAAGUGAGCUGAGGUUCGGCGGGGGUGCAAGUCUGGCCAGGUGCCAUAGUAGGAGCUAUAAGAGAAAACCCACCACAGCGGCUAACCCUAUCUGAAGGCUGCUGGUAGGGGUGAAGAUUAGGGGGGUGCGAUUCCACUGCCAGCGGAUGGCUGUCACAGUGGGUGUUGCCCAACUUCGCUGUAGCACAGCAUAAUUAGUGGUUUGCUGACAGCAGGUACAGCAUGCGCGAGAAGAAAAGAAAUUAUAACCGAAAAAAGACGCCGCGAGCUGGGGUGGGCGAUCUGUCAGCAAGUUCUGAGACGGAUAAAUACUGUUUUAUUUUAAAGAAGAAUACACAUCACGUACGGAAUGUAGAAAUACAAAGCUGGACGAACAGGGCGGGAAACCCCCCCAGCUGACAUGCUAGUUGCAAGCAAAACACACUACAACGGCAGAGAAGACGCCAGGGUUCAGCCCGCCCCCUACUCUUAAUACUGUACUUGGUACCGGAGAUGGAGUAGAACUGUGUCCGGCAUGAUACGAUAAAUUACGGGG